AUGGCCUCGCCAAAGACGGAAUCACGCGUCGUGCCUGUCUCCCAGACGCCCAAGAAGGCAGUAAAUUCUGUACCCCAUGACGAUACCCAAACUUAUCGCUUACACGCUUUCAUCUAUAACCUUGACUCCAUGACACACGUGGAGGACACAGAAGUCUCCAUUUUUGAGAAGCUUCAUAAUAUGAUGGCCAAGAACGCAAAGUUCACCGAAACCCAAAUCAAGAGGGCAGAAGAAGCGCUCAAGACAUCCGAUGAAUGGGUUGAAUGGCGGUCGGAUAUGAAAGCUCAAGAGGUCCUUCAAGCACAAUCCGUGGCAAGGACACGACAAGCUCACAACGUCGUCAUUAAUAUCGGAACAAAGGUACUCGGGUCCGGGAUUGGCAAUGAGGACUACGCAGAAUGCUUGAAGGUUUCCAAACUGGACCUGGCCAGUAUUGCCAUUGAUGUUGACAAGGAAAAUGUGAGGUUUUGCGACAUGAAGACAACCUGGCAACUCAAGAAAUCGGCCGACCAGACAUAUGCGCAGUCCGAAAUACAACUCUCUCUCUUGAGAUGCAACCAAGCGUUCGGGAACGAUCCAUUUCGUCAUUUCAUAUACUCUAUCUACGUCGCCGGCACGACAUUGCGUCUCUAUCAACUGAACAGAGGGCAGGUACUGUGUUACGAAAGUGAGCUUGAUAUCGCGCAGAAUACAUUGGGUUUUCUGCGCUUCGUUAACUGGCUUAUGCUGGCCAGGAACGACGCCCAGGGCCUUGCAAAGAGACCCUCUGCCAUCGGUAGAAGAGUCAUCAGCUUCACUCCUCCCGGAUGUAAGAUACCAUCGCCACUCGUGCGUGUGGGUGUCGACGGGGUCACGACACGCGGCACUACAAUAUGGCCUAUUGAAAUGCAGAAACCGAAGCCAAAAAAGAAAAAAUCAAGGAAGUUGACGGCCAAAAAGGACACAGAGAACUUACCUACAGAAGGUGACGAUCUUGCAGAGUUGAAAAUGGCCUGGAUCGACGAGGUGCGUACGAAUGAAGCUGACAUCCUUUAUGAACUUAGCGAUGUCGAGGAACUACUAAAGCUUUUUGAGUGGGAAGACGGACCCUUAACAGCCGAGUUUGACGUCCUACCGGAGGCAAAACAUUCAAGAGAACAUCUCAAAAUGGGACCGAAUUAUCGGUAUAUGAAGGUGACGCACAGCAAAUCCUCCAUCACGGCAAACAAAACCCAGAAGAAAGAGGCUGAGAAGGGCUUGUUUAUGCCGGAAGUGAACGGGACCGCUAUCGAGUCAGCCGAUGAGCCUUCGUACGCGAGAAGACAGCGAUGGUAUCUGGAAGAGUACUGUGGCGUUUCUGUGGAUACCUCACGGUAUGACCUUUCGCAACAUCAAUACCCCAAUCCUCGAGAUGUCACUGAACUUGAGCGUAUGGUGGCUUUACGUUCUGCUGUACGUGCCAUCCAGAAAAUGUGUUGCAGAGAUCGGCCCGUUGUCCACCGAGAUAUUUCUCCAGCGAAUAUUAUGGUGAUGUCGCCCGAUACGCUGAGCGAGGAGGGCGCCCCUCCGCCUGGAAGGUUGAUUGACCUCGACAUGGCUUGCGUAUAUGGAGACCCCCAUUCCGGAGCUCCCUGGCGCACUGGCACUUACCUCUAUAUGGCAAUCGACAUUCUGAUGGGGGAACACCCUAGGCACAACCCAUGGCAUGACAUUGAGAGUGUCUUCUGGGCUCUGCUCUUUGGAGAGCGGAACCGAACUACUGAAGGUGCGAAGGAACUACAGGGCAUUGUUUCCGCCGUGGAAGCCCAGCCCACAGAAGCCAAAACAUGUGUACAAUUAGGGUACAGAAAAUUGGCUAUCGUGGGUUAUUUUUGGAAUACGUGGAUGGGCGGUGAACGAUCACGUCUCUUUGGAAAGACUUCAUUCCCAGUCAUCCGGCUCAUGCAUCGACCAAAGGCUGAACUGUUUGAAUUCGACGAACGAAAGGAACCAGAUCGUCUAGCAACCUUUGAAGACGUCGCUGCCGCGGCGGAUGAACAUAUAGCCACCUCUAUAAUACGCAAAUCGCCCAAAUUUGCGGUCCCUGAGGAAGGUGGGAAAGUAGAAAUAGGCAUCGAAGGGCUUAGUUUGGAGGAAAAGGCCGACAAAACUAAUCAGGACAAAAGCAAUAAUCCUGCCAACGAAGAAGGCGUCGAGAAGGCGGAGAAAGACGUAUCCAUCGAGAGGAUUAAGCGGGCAGUUGCCACGAUCACAGAGCGCAUUGAUGAGUGGUUUGCUGAGUGUAUUGAUGACCCGGAAAAGGCUAAGCAGGCUUGCAAACAAAUUAAAAUCGAACCACGAAUUUUGUCACGUGGAACGCUAGGCCUAGUUGGGACUAGCCCACUAGAGCACUCGUUUACUUCUUCUCCACACAAUCCUCAGAAGAACAAGACACAGAUAGACCAUAACAACGACUACUUCAGUCAACCUUAA